CCCGGAGAGGCAUUGAGAUAGCAGAACAAUAAUAGCUCUCUCAUCUUUAGCUUAAAGAUCAGCAAAAUGGCCAUCUCUUUCCACGUUCGCUCUAACAGUUUCCCUUCGAGACUUCACCCGCAAGCUGCUCAUGUCGAUGAACAGUUGAUUCGUUUAAGAUCUUCUGAGGAAGCGUCAACAUCUUCAAGCUCUUCGAUCUGUAAAAGACUUAACAACCUUCAAGAGCUUCACCAAUCACUUGAAAAACUUAUUCGCUUACCUGCCACACAACAAGCUCUAGCUCAAGACCAGAACAAAGCCACCGAGCAACUUCUUGAUGGAUCUCUCAAGAUCUUGGAUUUGUGCAACAUUUCCAAGGACACUUUGUCGCAGAUGAAAGAAUACCUCAAGGAGAUCCAAUCAAUUCUAAGAAGAAAGCGCGGAAAUCUAUCAGGAGAGAUUAAGAAGUAUUUAGCCUCAAGAAGAUCCCUCAAGAAGUCCUUCCAAAAGGUCCUCAAGAGUUUGAAGGUCAAACAAGACCUGAAGUGCAUCGAUGAGUCUUUGGCGGUCUUUGGAGAAGCAGAAGCUAUCAGCAUGAACCUUUUUGAUUCUCUCUUCUACUUUAUGUAUGGAUCAAAGACUUGUAGCAAAUGGUCAUUGGUCUCAAAGCUAAUUAACCAGAAAAAGGUCUCAUGUGAAGCUCAAGCAAACGAAUUCACUAAGGUUGACUUCGAAUUUCAGUCUGAGAAGACCUUGAAGAUGGAGGAUGUUCAGGUAUUAGAGUCAUGCAUUCAAGAUCUUGAAGAUGGGCUUGAAUCUCUCUCUAAGUCUUUGAUCAAAUACAGAGUCUCAAUUCUUAACAUCAUAGGCCAAUAAGCCUACAAUUUUUUGUAUAUACAUGAAAGAAAAUUCAAUAGAAACUAAUUCAUGAUU